AUCAAGCAAGUACAAAUAAAAAACAUCUCUUAUUAAGAGUUGCUACUAACAAAAAUUAACAUGGCUAUUGUUACUCAUUCCAGUGUGAUAUUUUGUGUAAUGAUAUGUCUUAUUGGCAUAGUUUCAGCUUCAAAUGUAAUUCCUUCAGCAACUACUUUGGUGUCUUCUUUAAUACCUACCCCUAAUUAUAGUGAGUUGAGUUCUACAUUUUAUGGUACAAGAUGUCCUCGUGCUCUUUAUAUCAUUAGGAGAGAAAUAAUUGCUGCUGUGUCGAGAGAUCGUCGCUUAGGUGCAUCCUUGCUCCGUCUUCAUUUCCAUGAUUGCUUUGUUCAAGGGUGUGAUGCAUCAGUAUUGUUGAAAGACACACCAACUUUCCAGGGAGAACAAAAUGCAAGACCCAAUGCCAAUUCUCUCAGGGGUUUCGAAUUCAUAGACAGUUUAAAAGCUAAAAUAGAAGCAGUGUGUCCCAAUGUUGUUUCUUGUGCAGAUAUCUUAGCAGUUGCAGCCAGAGAUUCUGUUGCUACUCUUGGUGGACCUAUUUGGGGAGUUCGUUUGGGCAGAAGAGAUUCAACAACUGCAAAUUUUAAUGCUGCUAAUUCAGAUUUACCUUCUCCAUUCCUUAAUCUUAGUGGCCUUAUUGCUGCUUUCAAGAAAAAGGGUUUCUCAGCUGAUGAAAUGGUUGCUUUAUCAGGUGCUCACACAAUCGGAAAAGCAAAAUGUGCAGUAUUUAAAAACCGGAUUUACAACGAAAGCAACAUAAAUCCUUAUUACAGAAGAUCAUUGCAAAACACAUGUCCAAGGAAUGGUGGUGAUAACAACUUAGCCAAUUUAGACAGCACAACUCCAGCAUUCUUUGACAGUGCUUAUUACAGAAAUUUAUUAUUCAAAAGGGGUCUUUUGCAUUCUGAUCAAGAACUCUAUAACGGCGGUUCAACCGACUACAAAGUUUUGGCUUAUGCAAGAAAUCCGUAUCUCUUUAGAUUCGAUUUCGCUAAGGCGAUGAUUAAGAUGGGAAAUCUUAGCCCUCUUACUGGAAACCAGGGUCAGAUCAGAAAAUAUUGCAGCAGAGUGAAUUAAGUUUGAAUUUGGUCAUGUACAAGUAUUAAAUCAUAAAUGUGUCAAAUAUUGUUCAUUAGUAUCAAGUUGUUAAAAAGGAAUACAUGGCACAAGUGUUUAAUAUAGGAGUUCUUAUUAGUAUCUAGUGCUUUAUGAAUAUGUCCUUUGUAAUGUAAUUUUCUAUUUUCUUUUGGUAUUUGAAAUUAUGAUUAUUUUUUAUUAUUAAUAUUAAUUCAAUUGGUGA